AUGAGGUCCACCAGCAUACGGCAGAUAGCAAGUGUCCGUCAAUAUCGUCACUAUGCUACUCAAACGUCCCUCAAAGGACCUCUUAUAGGUGUUAAACCGAAAUCGCCCUCCUCACCUUCUUCGUCAUCAGCACCUGCAUCUACAUCUUUGGCAUCAUCAUCCUUACCAAAACCGCGUCUGGACUAUCACGACCUCCUAUCUGAUCCACAGCGUACCACCCGAAAUGCCCUCCUUCGUAAAUCCCCUUUACAACCCGAUCACCUAGCUCAUCUCGGACGUCUGCGGUCCACUCAACUCCUCUUACUCCAGAAAUUAUCCACCAUCAAAUCGAAGCAGAAAGAAAUUGGUAGUCUCAUCAAGAUCGGUUUGGGCGAUACCGCCGAGUUGAAAGAACAAGCCAAGAAGAUCAAAUCGAAAAUCAAAGAGUAUGAGGUAAACUUGGGUGAAACUGAAAAUGAACAAUUAGAUUUGGCUUUACUCUUACCUAACUUCUCACACCCCGAUUCACCAAUCGGUCCAGAAGAAAAUGCCAAAACUAUAGAAACGUUUGGUCCAUCCGUUAUAGAAGGCCAGGUAGAGAACAGAAGGGAUCAUGUUGAUUUUUGUAAUCAUUUUGAUUUAUUGGAUAAUCAAGCUUCCUCAGUCACUUCUGGAUCAUCUUGGCCUUAUCUCAAAAGUAUUUUAGCUCUGCUCGAACAAUCCCUUAUCAAUUAUUCUCUAUCGAUAGCUAUCAAGAAUGGAUUCUCUCCGGUAAUCCCACCAGAUGUAAUCAAAGAGGAUAUAGCUUGGAGAUGUGGUUUUCAACCACGUGAUUCACUUUCCAACCCUUCAACUCAGACUUAUCACCUAGCUCAGCCUGAUAAUCCCCCUCAACAGCGGUUGUGUCUAGCAGGAACGAGUGAAAUACCUCUAGCUGGAUUAUUCGCUAAUAGGCUAUUCCACGAGGAAGAUCUGCCGAAAAAGGUCGUAGGUGUUGGAAGAGCGUUCAGAGCAGAAGCUGGUGCUAGAGGAUCAGAUACUAGAGGAUUGUAUAGGGUACAUCAGUUUACGAAAGUUGAACUAUUCGCUGUUACUGCUGAGAACGGAAGUGAGCAGAUGAUGGAGGAGAUCAGAGAGGUGCAGAAGGAGAUUGCACGGGGUCUGGGGCUGAGCGUUAGGGUCUUGGAUAUGCCGACAGAAGAAUUGGGCGCUUCGGCUCAUAGGAAAUACGAUAUGGAAGCUUGGAUGCCUGGGAGAGGUAAAUGGGGAGAGAUAACGUCCACAUCAAAUUGUACAUCCUACCAAUCACGUCGACUAUCCAUAACCUACCGUCCAUCUCCCACAUCCCCCUCUCCCUCUUCCUCUGGUAAAGAGGGAGACCUGCCCGUUCCACCUUCAGAGACUCAGCAUAAUGGACCAUUACCUUUCGCACAUACUUUGAACGGUACGGCUGCUGCUAUACCCCGACUGAUAGUGGCCCUGAUCGAGAAUGGCAUAAGGUUCAAGGAUGAUGAAUACGAAGGGGUAAAUCUGCCGAAGGUUUUGGAGAGGUUCUGGGUUGGUGGAGUGGAGUUUGGGGAGGGGAAGAGGAAAGGAAGUAUCAGAUGGAUAUAA